AGCUUCGUUCUCCCUUUUUCCGGCGUCUCUUCCAUCUCUCCGGCGGCUCCCACUCGGCUGACUCUCCGGCGACUCCUCACUCCGGCGACUCCAGGUACGUUUCCGGUGCUCCUCCUUCUCCGGUAAGCGUUGCUCCCCCUUCGGCGCUCCUCCUCCGGUCAGCGUUGCUCCCCUUCGGCGCUCCUUCUCCGGUCAGCGUUGCUCCCCCUUCGGCGCGACAGAUCUGGGACGGCUCGCUCGAGAGCGAGCUCGAGCUGCAGCUCGAUCUGCAGCUGCUCGAGCUCCCCCUUCGCUCGAGCAGCAGCUCCAGUGAUGCGGCGGCGCAGCUCGGAGACGGACCGAGGCGGCGGCGCGGGAUCGAGGGAGGGAAGUGGGAGUGGCGGGAGUGAUGCGGCGGAAGGCGGAAACUUGGGCGCCGAAAAGCCGGCGCGGUCCGGUGUGGAAGAGGAGGAGGUGCUCCUAAGCGGCGACGGCGGCGAUGCCGGCGUCGCGUUGAGGAGCGAAGAGGAAUCGGAGAGUAAAUUGAGGGCGAGGGGUGGGCGACAGGUGAUGAGGCGAUCGAGCAUGGUGGCGAAGCAAGUGAUCAGCAUCGAAUCUGCUCUUGGCUUGGGGUUCGUCUCUCAGCUCUGGGUGGAUACCCUCUCGGUAGGUGAUGUUGUGCUUGUUGAGAAUGAGAGGGUAAUGGAGAAUGAGUUGAAAAUGGUGGGGCUGGAGACAUUGGUAGGGUAUGAAGUUGUAACUCCUGGCAGAAGAAGUAUUGGCAAGGUCAGAGGUUACACAUUUAAUGUUAAUUCAGGGGCUCUCGAGUCCCUCGAGCUUGAUUCAUUCGGUAUCUCAAUCAUUCCAUCAAGUUUGGUGAGUACUUAUGCUUUGUUUGUUGAGGAUGUGCUAGAAGUUGCAUCGGAUAAAGUGUUCGUGCAUGAAGCUGCAGCAGCACGCUUACAGAGGCUAACAAAGGGUUGGUGGGGUGCCCAGAACGUUGGGAAAUCCUUCAACGAAGUGGAAGAAUAUUAUGAUCUUGAAGAAGAUAGAUUAGCUAAUGAUCGCCGCACGAGAAGAGAAUUCCGGCGCAGGAGAUCCCGUCCUAAAUCGAAGGAAAAUCAGGACGACUUGGACCUUCCAAUGGACUUUUUAUGAUCCCUGGGCAUACGCACUAUCCCGGCAUUUAGCGUACAACCAUUACUCUGUGGAGGACCUUCCAGUCGAAGUCCAUAAAAGGGCUCUUUGGUGAUGCUCGUUACCCGUCGAUCAGCUCGGAAGUGCACACAAGAGUCUUUUCUGUCGAGUACUAUAGUGAUUUCGACGGAGCAUUCGACAGAUCUCGAGGAACGACAGCUGCAAUUGGAUGCAGGUUUGGAUGAGCAAAAGGAGGCCAAAAGAGUAGGCGAUUAAAGAUUGACUUGGUAGCUUUUUCCAAUCUUUGCUCCAAUGCGUUAAGGAUUCUUAAUGAUUUGAGGCAUGUAUAAAGCCUUGUAUUGCGCCAAUACCAUGAGGUCUGAUGGGCCCUGCACUAUGGCAUUCCGUGGAGCACUCUGAAUAAUUCCAUAUUGUUGCUAAUUGCUGUCGCAACAGCCACAUUGCGCA